ACAAUAAAAUCUUUGAUAGAUUAUUGUAAGUCUUUUUGUUCAGCAUAACACGCUUGGAAAAUAUUUUGGUGAAAGAUUAAAGAUAAUUAGUUUGGUGGAAGAUUAACCAUAUGCUUAUAUUUUAUUACAUAUUAAUUGAAUUCAUAUGCAUGUGAUGGAUAUUAAAAUUAUUACCUCCACAUAUUUAGGCUUUAAUAGGCUCCCGUGGGCUCAUUGCGCCCUUUACUUUAAUAUGAAGGCACAGUAAUUAUUGACACAAAAGUUAUGCAUCUAUCUAUUAUCAUCAUAUCAAGAAAAGUCAAUUCCAUGAAACUUAAACGGUCCUUCGGUCCAUAAUUCAUUAUGAUUCCAAACAUUACACAUGGUCCAUGCACGUAUAUGCACGCCCUAAAAGUUUUCUCAAGUUUGUUUUUAUUCGUGUGUUUCUUGAUAAAGGCAAGUUUAUCAUUAUAAGCAACAAAACCCUUAAAUUAAAUGGACCCUAUGCAAUAAUAGUGAAUAAAAAGUAACAUAAUGUAGAGUCAAAUUAAAGGAGUAGGCCUAUAUCACCUAAGUUUAAAUUUGGUGGUACUUCCAAAUAAUGUACAUAGUAAAAUGUAUUUAGUUAUAGUAUAUUGAGAUUUCAAUGGUGAAAAAUGUGAAUAUAGGACCGGGAUGUUCAUCAAUCGGAUUCGGAGCUGCAGAAGAACUGGGACCAUUCUUCCCACAAAACUCGAGUCAGCCUAAACUCAAGCUAAAUCCAUACAGCUGGAACAAAGCGGCGAAUUUGUUAUUCUUGGAAUCGCCGGUUGGAGUUGGAUUCUCCUAUACUAACACAAGCCGUGAUAUAAAACAACUCGGCGACACUGUCACAGCGAGAGACUCGUACAACUUCCUUGUCAACUGGUUCAAGAGAUUUCCCCAGUACAAGUCACACGACUUCUACAUUGCCGGAGAAAGCUACGCCGGCCAUUACGUCCCACAACUUUCGGAGCUCAUCUACAAAGAAAACAAGAUUGCGUCCAAGAAAGAUUUCAUUAAUCUCAAGGGUUUAAUGAUAGGAAACGCGUUAUUGGAUGACGAAACGGAUCAAAAGGGGAUGAUAGAAUAUGCAUGGGAUCACGCGGUGAUAUCAGAUGCAUUGUACGAGAAAGUGAACAAAAACUGCGAUUUCAAACAAAAACUUGUGACCAAGGAAUGCAACGACGCUUUAGAUGAGUAUUUUGAUGUAUACAAGAUCCUUGACAUGUACAGUCUGUACGCUCCAAAGUGUGUCCCCACCUCCACGAACUCCUCUACUUCUCAUUCAGUCGCCGGAAACCGCCCCCUACCCGCAUUCCGAAGCAUUCUACGACCCCGUCUCAUCUCUCACAAUGAAGGAUGGAGGAGGAUGGCCGCCGGGUACGAUCCAUGUGCAUCAGAGUAUACAGAAAAAUAUAUGAACAGAAAAGAUGUUCAGGAGGCACUUCACGCUAAUGUCACCAACAUCUCUUACCCUUGGACUCAUUGCAGUGACACUGUCUCAUUCUGGUCUGACGCUCCCGCUUCUAUGCUUCCAACCUUAAGAACACUUGUUUCAGCGGGAUUACGCGUAUGGGUUUUCAGUGGGGAUACAGACGGGCGAAUCCCCGUGACCGCAACCAGAUACUCACUAAAGAAGCUAGGUCUUAAGAUAGUCCAAGACUGGACACCUUGGUACACCAAACUACAGGUCGGAGGGUGGACGGUGGAGUAUGACGGUUUAAUGUUUGUGACGGUAAGAGGAGCGGGACACCAGGUUCCGACAUUUAAACCUAGAGAAGCUCUUCAGCUCAUUCAUCAUUUUCUAGGCAAUAAGAAACUUCCUACUUUUCCCUUUUGAUAUUUUCUCUACCCACAGAUUUUAUGAUCUUUAUAUAAUUCUUAAAACAAUAAUAAACAGAUUUGAGCAAAAUAGGCCAUUAUAUUAGAAUUGUACAAAUGUUUUAUCGCGUUUUACAUGUUUUCUCGUGUUACAGUGACCUCUAAAACUCUCAUCUCUUGGAUAAUUCUUUAACAAUAUAUAGUCAUCCAAUGAUCCAAACAACACAAAUUUUAGCUAGGCUUACUUCUAUAUAAGUUGGAAGAAAA